AGUGCACCGACGGAUUACUGAUUACUCGCCCACCAAAUAUGCGCUCGUUUCCCUUCGAGACACGAUAACACAAGAUGAAGUAAACAGGAUCAAAUUAUUUGCAGAGAGCUUCCAGGGAAACUUCCAGAACAGAUUUGUUACAUGUCGAAAAUAAAAGUGGGAUACAGUAGUGGUUGUGACAAUGAUUUUGCAAAUAUGUACGUACCCUUAUCACAUUGACGUUCAUUGAACUACGCAACAGGAAAGCGAGACACAAGAUCAAUAACAAAAAUGCAAAUGAAACCGUGAUAUUCACCUUUACCGAUUUUAGUCCAAUUUUUACAUCCAUGUCGAUAACAGACACAAUGUAAUCAUCAUGGGACGCCUUAAACUUGCCAGCUUCAUUUUGCAACCAUGCAUGGGGCUUUUCCUUCAAGGUGCUGUAAAAGCAUUGGCCGUUGUUGAAGUGGGCGUAAAUUUUGUAAUGCUCGCUGUCGCCAUUCCCGAUUAUGGUGACGAAUACGUAGAAAUAUUGAAAGUGAAGGAAUAUAACUUUACCAGAUUUUGCAUUAACAUGACCACUUGGAUUUAUUGUCACUUGUACAAAGCAAUCUCUAUCGCGUUUGCAUUUUUACUAUUCAUAAUUGUUUCAAACAGAAAUAGAGCCGGUCUCCAUCGAUGGCUUAUCCUUUCGGCCACGUUGUAUCUAAUUUGGCUCUGCUGUUUUGUUACGAAUACGAUUUUGAGAUCCUGGAAACAAAACUUGUCCUUCGCCAUGUACUGCGCCAUGGGUGUUUACAAAUUAUACUUUUUCUGGACUACAAUUUCCUUCAGUAAUGAAAUUAAAAGGAACGGGGUGACUGACAAAGCUCUGUGCGUCUUAUCGGAUGAGGAUUUGGAUGACUUUUUCAAAACUGGACAAGUCGAUCAAAGUCAUAGAGGCGACCGCUACAAAACAACUUUUGAGAUUCCACUCUCCCAACUCCUCCUCGACACAGUCCGGCCACUUGGAAGCGGUCAAUUUGGCGUAGUUUAUAAAGCCACCUUGAUAAAACCAAUCCAAAAUACUGCUGGUACUCAAAUCGUGGCAGUCAAAACCGUGAUCCCAACUGCGGACGUCGUCUGCCUAAAGUCUCUCGUGAGAGAACUGCAAAUACUAAAUUGUAUCGGAAAUCAUGAGAACAUUGUAAAUUUGGUGGGUGCUUGUACGUCUGAGGUUAAACAGAGAAAAUUGUACGUAAUUGUCGAAUAUUGUGCACUUGGAAGCAUCCAAUCUUACUUGGAGGACCAUCGAUCCGCUGCAAUGGGGAUCGAAUCGUAUAACUUGGAUCGGGAAUACAUCUCGAGAGAAGAUGAACCCAUAAAUUUCCGCGACCUGGUCAGAUGGGCGAAGGAAACUGCAAAUGGCUUGGAAUACAUUGCCAAUAAUCAUGUAAUUCAUGGCGAUCUUGCUGCUAGAAAUGUGCUCCUAACGUUCAGCAGAACUGCAAAAGUCGCUGAUUUUGGCUUAUCUAAACAAUUAUACCGAUACGCGACUUAUGCAAGACACAGCAACGAACCAAUCCCAUGGCGAUGGAUGGCCUGGGAGUGUCUGGACGAUUUAAAAUUUACGACUCACUCAGAUUCAUGGUCCUAUGGAAUAACGGUUUGGGAAUAUUUCUCUCUCGGAGCUACGCCUUAUCCAGGAUUAUCUUUUUCAAGUAAUUUUGUGCAAGGACUCAAAACUGGACAAAUUAGGCCAGAUAAACCCCUUUAUGCCACCAAUGAAAUAUAUCAAGAACUAUGCAAAUGCUGGGCAGUGGAUCCAACCGCAAGACCAUCCUUUUCAAAGCUGAAGUCCUUCUUUGCUGAAAUACUUGACAAUUCAUCGGUUAAAAUUCACACUACGCCAGAAAUUCACAACCCAUCUUUCCAAGUACAACCUUCACUGUCCUAUGUUGCCGUUGGGGAUCUCAACUAUAUUUAAAUUAAUACUUAAUUUGUCCUCAAAUAUUCCCCGUCAUUAUUAUAAUAUUUAUUUAUUUUUAUAUGCAUUAUCA